AGGCGCGACACAACUCCCCAGCAACACAGUCAAGGGACGAACCUCAUGCAUCGGCAUUUAUUUGUAAGCCCCUGGCUACGAAUGACACUUCUCCAUCUGCUCCAGAACUGAGAUCAGCCCAGAAUGACGGAUGGAAGCACAACCGCUGCCACAUCUGCUGGUCGUCCACGCACCCGCCAACGGAUUCAUAAACAAGCCCCAGCACUCGAGGUCCCGCACAUUGAGGAGGAUGCCGCAGAGAGAAAGCGAGUUUUGAACGUGCUGGCGCAGCGCAGAUACCGCGAGAAGAAGCGACUGAAUCGUCUAAAAGGUGGUUCCGCUGCGAAGGACGGUACCAAGGAGGCCGAGACACAUGUAACCCAGACUCAAGAGCCCUCUCCGUCUUCGUCAACAGAAAUCCAAGCGGAAGACGGAGUGGAUGUAGUUGUCACGACUGCAGAUGACACUGCACCACAUCUGGCCCCAAGUCCAGGCAUCAUCGCCGGGCUUGACUUUGGACUAUCACCAUGGGAGCCCCUCGGCGCCAUAUCAUUCACACCGUCGCUACCGCAACUUCUGACUCCCGAAGACUCGGAUGGAGACAACUUCCUACAACAACCAGACUUCUCGGCUGAACAUGGCCUACAAGAGACCUUCUCCUGUAUCGUGGAUACAUCUACCCUCCUACCUCCUGAUACAUCCUCUGCCACGUCCUCGGACUUCAACUUCCCAGACAGCUUCCACCUACCUAUUCUAGAACUGACACUCCUCAAGGCAGUGAUGCGCAUCGCAGAGCGCAUCGGCUGCGGCGGGGCCAUCUGGAACCUAGACUGCGUCUCGCCCUUCAGCAACGGGACCGGGACGCCGGCCGAUCAGCUGCCCGCGGCGUGGCGGCCGACGGCAUCGCAGGUGUUAGUGCCGCACCAUCCCAUCUUCGACUUCCUGCCGUGGCCGGAGGUACGGGACCGCAUCAUCAACAUCAUGACGCUGCCGGACGAGCUGCGGCCGCCCCAGGCCAAGGGCCCGCUGGCCCUGGUCAACUUUGCGUACGACAUCGAGGACAGCGCCGAGGGCGUGCGCAUCUACGGCGGCGACCCGUACGAGCCCGGGAGCUGGGAGGUCGGGCAGGUGCUGUUCGAGCGCUGGUGGUUCCUGUUUGACCGGCACAUUGUCGACAAUAGCAAUCGGUGGCGCCGGAUGAGGGGGGCGCCGCCGUUGUUGCUUAAGGGCGUGGACCCUUGUUCAAGCACUGCAGCUCCGGACUUGCAGGUGUGAGUUAAUUGGAUAGAAGGCCCCACGGGCUGGUAACAAGGUGCGCGGGACUUGAUUUUCAUAAGAUCCCUUGAACGGGUGGUUCAGGCGUUGGGUCAUGUAAGGCAGACAUUACUUCCGAGUCUAAUGAGCGGUAGGGGAUUUUGGAGUUACAACCUGGGUGAUUUGGAGGACUGGACUGGAUCAACGAAAGUGAUUCUAGUAAUUUCCGUGCGAAUAGUGUUCAAGGUAUUUGACGUGGUUACGCAGCUCAUGGUCGGAGAACAGUAGUCGCUUUCACGUGUGUUAUGCUGCCCAACAAAGGAGGAACGGGUGCAGAAUUUAGCUGGAGGUAACAUGCAUCUCGCUGAAUGAAGGUCAUGAGCUCGUCUCCCCACGAGGAGUGAGCCAAUUAAAGAGGACUGUGAAAGCAAGGUGGCAGGACGGUAUAUCUUCCAGUCACCAUGACGAGAAAUUUAUC